AUGGAAAAAUUUCCUGACGAAUGGGCACUCGCUAGAGUUUCUCCAAUCUUUAAGGCAGGAUUAAAGACUGAACUUGGCAACUAUAGACCGAUAUCUGUUCUCACAGCUGUAUCUAAAGUAUUCGAGAAAAUAUUAUAUAAACAAAUCAGUAAAUAUUCAGAUGACAAUGAAUUAUUUACAAAAUAUCAAUCAGGAUUUAGGAAAGGUUAUUCCACAUCGACAGCACUGUUAAGUGUUACAAAUGAAUGGUUAUGUAACAUUGACAAAGGCCUAAUAAAUGGUGUAUUAUUUCUUGACGGUGAUAUCGAUCAAAACAAAUAUUACUUAA